CCUCGUGGCCCUGUCAAGAAAAGAGACUCCAAUGGACUUACACCGAGCAGCUUUUAAGAUGGAAAACUCCUCCUACCUUCCCAAUCCUUUGGCAUCUCCAGCCCUGAUGGUCCUGGCUUCCACUGCUGAAGCCAGCCGUGAUGCUUCCAUCCCCUGCCAACAGCCAAGGCCCUUUGGGGUCCCUGUGUCAGUGGACAAGGAUGUGCACAUCCCGUUCACCAAUGGCUCCUAUACUUUUGCCUCUAUGUAUCACCGACAAAGUGGGGUGCCUGGAGCAUUCACCAACCGUGAUUUUCCACCUUCGUUGCUGCAUCUCCAUCCUCAGUUUGCACCCCCUAAUCUGGACUGUACUCCAAUCAGCAUGCUUAACCACAGUGGUGUUGGGGCCUUCCGUCCCUUUGCCUCCACUGAGGACCGGGAAAGUUAUCAGUCGGCUUUUACACCUGCUAAGCGCCUGAAGAACUGUCAUGAUACCGACUCUCCCCAUCUUCGCUUCUCAGAUGCUGAUGGCAAGGAGUAUGAAUUUGGAGCCCAGCUCCCAUCUGGCUCCCCUGGCUCCCUCAAACUUGAUGACACUGGAAAAAAGAUUUUUGCUGUCUCUGGCCUCAUUUCAGACCGUGAGACUUCAUCCAGUCCUGAGGACCGAAACGAUAGAUAUAGAAGCGACAGCCAAGGAGGGCCACCAGUGUCUGCGGGGGCCAGCCAGCGCAUGGCGUUAACUUUCCCCCUCUGCAAGAAGAAGGCAACACUCUUUGACAGCCAAGCUCCUAUCUGCCCUAUUUGUCAGGUUUUGCUUCGUCCAGGUGAGCUGCAGGAGCAUAUGGAGCAGGAGCUGGAGAAGUUAACACAGCUGAAUAUCAGUAAGAAUGCUUUACUGAAGGAUGUCAUGGCCCCAGGCACUCCCAAGUCAAUAUUGUUGUCAGCCUCUAUCAAGCGGGAAGGAGAUUCUCCAACAGCAUCACCCCAUUCCUCAGAUGAUAUUCAUCACUCUGACAGAUACCAGACCUUUUUGCGAGUAAGGGCAAACAGACAGACCCGGCUGAAUGCUCGGAUUGGAAAAAUGAAAAGGAGGAAGCAAGACGAAGGACAGGUAUGUCCCCUCUGCAGCCAGCCUCUCUCAGGAUCCGAGGAGGAGAGGAGUGGGCAUGUCGAACAAUGCCUUGCAAAGAGGGAAGGGUCAUGCAUGAUGGAGGAUGACCCUGUUGACAUUGAGAAUGAGAACGGUAAUCGCUUUGAAGAAUAUGAAUGGUGUGGGCAGAAGAGAAUACGUGCUACCACCCUCCUGGAAGGAGGGUUCAGAGGAUCGGGGUUUGUCAUGUGCAGUGGCAAGGAGAAUCCAGACAGUGAUGCUGACCUUGAUGUGGAUGGUGAUGACACAUUGGAAUAUGGAAAAGCACAGUACACUGAAGCAGAUAUCAUUCCAUGCACUGGGGAAGAACCAGGUGAAGCCAAAGAGAGAGAGGCACUCCGAGGUGCAGUCCUAAAUGGUGGCACUCCUAGUACCCGAAUAACAACAGAAUUCUCUAAAUGGGCAAGUGAUGAAAUGCCAUCAACAAGUAAUGGGGAAGGUAGUAAACAAGAGCUUGCGCAAAAGACUUGCAAGAACAGUGACAUAGAGAAGAUUACAGAAGACUCGGCAGUGACAACAUUUGAGGCGCUAAAGGCUCGCGUUCGUGAAUUAGAAAGGCAGCUCUCCCGUGGGGACCGCUAUAAAUGUCUCAUUUGCAUGGACUCAUAUACAAUGCCCCUGACCUCCAUCCAGUGCUGGCAUGUGCACUGUGAGGAAUGCUGGCUGCGGACUCUGGGUGCUAAGAAGUUGUGCCCUCAGUGCAAUACCAUCACCUCACCAGGGGACCUCAGGCGCAUUUACUUAUGAAAAAAAUAUGGCUGCUGAGAUCAAGUUAUUUGAACCAUGGGGACUAGGGAAAAGGAGUGGCAGCAACACAGAAACUUGAAACUAAAGACUCCAAAAGUGGACUAGAGGCUGAGGGAGCUGCACGAUGCCUCUGCUUCCGAACCUGUCACUGGUGCUGCCCACUCCACAAGAAGGCCAAACCAGAAUCCUUAUUGUGAUUCGUUUUUCCUUUUUUACAAACUGCUGUUCCACGUCUGUCCCGUUUCUCCAAGAGUUGGGGUUCCAUCGUGGACAACUUGCAAGACCUUUCAGGGAAGCAUGAGAAGGUGCUGGAUCUUCCAUGGCAGGAAAUGUCCGAGCCUGUAAUCUGCAGUCUCCUUCCCGCCCUCUUUUUAUUUGUGGUGUUGUAGUGGAUUUUUUUAAUGAAAGAAAAAACUUAUACCUUCACAUCCACAAAGGCAGAAUGAAGCACAUGUAAUAUAGACUAUAUGUUUACAAUGUUGUGUAUAAAUGGGAUAGACUCCAACGUUACAUACUAAUGUUUCCCUUUUU